AUGCCGCAAAUCAAACAGGAUUUGAAUCGCUCCGGCUGGGAGUCUACAGACUUUCCCUCCGUUUGCGAAAAUUGCCUACCUGAAAACCCAUACGUCAAGAUGCUCAAGGAAGACUAUGGCGCCGAAUGCAAAUUGUGCACCAGACCAUUCACAGUAUUUAAUUGGAGCGGAACGCGCGCGCAAGGACGACGAAAGACAACCAUGAUCUGCCUGACAUGCGCCCGACUCAAAAACUGCUGCCAGAGCUGCAUGCUCGAUCUGUCCUUUGGACUGCCUAUUGCUGUCCGCGACGCCGCGCUCAAGAUGGUCGCGCCUGGUCCGCAGUCCGACAUUAAUCGCGAAUACUUUGCGCAAAACAACGAGAAGCUCAUCGAAGACGGUCACGGCACCGAAGAGUACGAGAAAACGGACGAAAAGGCGCGCGAACUACUACGAAGACUCGCCGCCAGCAAGCCGUACUUUAGAAAAGGUAGAGCUGUGGACGAGUCCGAGCUGGCUGGCGCGAGCACUGGUGGCAACGCCGCUGUCGGUGCUGGUCUUGGCGGACCUGGGCCUAUCCGGACGAAAGAUUCGAGAGCGGCCCGAGCAGCCGGCAAGGGGCGCGCUGCGUUUCCGAGCGCUGCGCAGCUACCCCCGGGCCCGAGCGACUGGCUCCCACCGGACGAUACCAAUAUCAUGUCGCUGUUUGUGACGGGCAUCGAGGACGACCUGCCCGAGUUCAAGCUGCGCGACUUUUUCAAGGUCCACGGCAAAAUCAAGAGUCUCGUCUGCUCGCACAUGUCGCACUGCGCUUUUGUCAACUACGAGACGAGACUGGCGGCGGAAAAGGCGGCGGCGGCCUGCCAGGGCCGCGCCGUCAUCGCGGGUUGCCCGCUGCGCAUUCGAUGGGGACAGCCCAAGGCCAUUGGCAACAUGGAUAAAGACCAGCGUGGCCAGAUGCUACGUGAUGCGCGCAUUCGACAAGCCUCCAAGGCGCGACAACAAGCAGCCAUUGAGGCUGGACAGGCACCCCCAAUAUCGGUAGCACCUGUGGCUGCACCACCGGGCGGUGAGGAUGCGCCCAACUAUGCUAGCUUGGCUGGUGAAUAA